AUGGCAGUUGCUGAGUGUGACCAUUUUCUGUAUGGGGAAUACUGUUAUUUAAUGUCAGUGAUCAAUGUUGAAUCCUUAGGAUGAAGAUUACUGUGAAGGAGAGGAUGAUGCAGAGGUUCAGCAAGAAUGCCUGCAGAAAUUCUCCAGUAAAGAUUACAUCAUGGAACCAGCAAUAUUCAACACACUGAAGAGGUAUGGUCCUACUGACCAUGGGGGAUCUUUCACCUUACUUCCAUACAGCACACAUUGUACACUGGUAUAAAUUGCCGUGGGAGAGUGAAGUCUACCUACCGAGAAUGUAAUUCAUGGUGAAUGCUUGGGCACUUGGUCUUCGACCGUUUACUAUAUUAGAACAUUUAUAUUUUGCUUGAAAUUAGAACUGACUGAAAAUGCAAUGCUGCCUAUGCCUGUUAUGACCUGUAUCUGUGGUGAUGGUGUGUGGUAACAUGUGAAGAUAUUAGGAAGGGCCGGUUAAAAUACACAAUGAAUGUGCUCCAUUGGGUUAGUCUAAAUCUAUACAUUGCUGGAUUAUCAUUUGUUGUGAUGGGAAUGUUCUUUUAGACAUUUGAUGUAUAGUUGAAAUGGAAUAAUGUAUAAAUACUCUUUUAAAGAUCACUACUCUCCAUAACCGCUGCCGUUUAUGGAUUCAAAUAUCACCCAUAUCAACUUGGAAUUAGUUAAAAUAUAUUGUGUCUGCAAUGCUGGAGACCGUAUCUUCAGAAGGAUAUUGAUACCUUAGAGAGAGUUCAGAAAAGGGCUACUAAACUGGUUCAUGGAUCGCAGGAUAAAACUUACCAGGAAAGGUUAAAGGAUCUUAACAUGUAUAGCUUGGAGGAAAGACGAGACAGGGGGGAUAUGAUAGAAACAUUUAAAUACAUAAAGGGAAUCAACACAGUAAAGGAGGAGACUAUAUUUAAAAGAAGAAAAACUACCACAACAAGAGGACAUAGUCUUAAAUUAGAGGGACAAAGGUUUAAAAAUAAUAUCAGGAAGUAUUACUUUACUGAGAGGGUAGUGGAUGCAUGGAAUAGCCUUCCAGCUGAAGUGGUAGAGGUUAACACAGUAAAGGAGUUUAAGCAUGCGUGGGAUAGGCAUAAGGCUAUCCUAACUAUAAGAUAAGGCCAGGGACUAAUGAAAGUAUUUAGAAAAUUGGGCAGACUAGAUGGGCCGAAUGGUUCUUAUCUGCCGUCACAUUCUAUGUUUUCUUGACCUGCCUGUCUUACUGAUAGCUGGUAUGGACUGUGGUUAAUGACUGUCUACGGAUGCCAGUUUAUAUAGCUUGGGAUUUACAAAUACUAAAAUAAAGCAACAUUAACCUUGAAUAUUUGCUUUAACGCCCUUAUCAUUGUGUGCUAGGUAUUUCCAAGCUGGAGGCUCUCCAGAGAGCGUAAUUCAGUUGUUAUCUGAAAAUUACAGUGCUGUCGCCCAGACAGUGAAUUUAUUGGCAGAAUGGCUCAUUCAGUCAGGUAAGUGAUAUUUCAGGACCACUAUAACCUCGAUAAAUCCCCCAGUGUCAGUAAGUCUGUUAAAGGAUCACUAUAGGGUCAGGAACACAAACAUGUAUUCUUGACCCUAUAGUGCUAAACCCACCAUAUAGGUGACUUGCCCUCCCUUAGCCGCCCUAUCAAAGUAUAAACCUUACCAUAUCUCCAGCGUUGUGUGGGUCUGCUGGCGCUGGCUCCACCCCCUUUGUGACAUCAUCGAAGUGGCCGAUUUUUAGCUAAUCCAAUGCUUUCCCAUAGGGAAAGUUUUGGCCAAUCAGGACCUCCUCAUAGAUGCAUUGAAUCAAUUCAUCUCUAUGAGGAAAAUUCAGCGUCUCCAUGCGGAGCGUGGGGACGCUGAACGGCAGGGCUGCUUACUGUGCAGCCCUGAGCCAGGAAGCACCUCCAGUGGCCAUCUAAGGAGUGGCUAGGCAGUGUUUGCAUGAAAAAGCCUUAAGGGAGCUAUUAUACUCACCAGAACAACUACAUUAACCUGUAGUUGUUCUGGUGACUAUAGUAUCCAUUUUUUAUUUUUAUUAGUUUUUUUUUUUAGUCAGUCAUAAUUACCUUUAUAUGGUUGGCAUGCAGGCACGACAUAGCAAAAAGUUCUCAUCAGUCUUAUUUUAAGCCUCCAUGAAAUCAUGCAAUUUUAACCCAGCUGGCAUAAAUUCUAGCCAGUCAUUUCCUUUAGGGUAAAAGAGACAAGUCCUCUUUAUUUUGCCUUUAUCUUUCCUAGUUUUUUAGUCUGAUAACCAAAAAAUAAGUAUUAUGGUGCUCAUCCUCCUAAGAAAGGGGCAGCACCCAACACAUUGUUAAAAAAAUACAAAAUAGUACAAACAAGAUAUAUUGAGAUAAUGUGUCAAAAAGAAAAAAAAAACUGUUUAAUUACACGUACAAAUAUAUACAUAUAGAUGACAGGACUCUCUGUGUAUACCGUAAUACUUAGCUUAAGAAUGUAAACAAUCCACAGUGGGGAUUGCUUUUUGGAUUAAACUUGUAUUAGCUUGUUUGUUUUUAUUUGUGUUAAUAAAGAUAGCGCCUUUUAUAUAAAUUAUUUAGAGUUGUUUUACCUGCCAUCAUCCUUCUAUAAUAUCAGUGGUGGGGAUCAAACCACCUGAGCUCUUUAUAUCCAGAGCAGAUCCAUGCUCUGUAAUUUGUAAGUAGUAGUUUUUAUAUCCAAAAAUAAAUGGGGAGUAUCUGCUAAAACAAUAGAAAGCUAAACAAAAUAGCAUAUAACUAUGUGGAUAAAGUGCAAAAAUAUUGCAAUCCCAAAUGGUCACUCACACUUUCAAUAAAGUUAUAAAGCCUUGUAUAAAGUUCCCUUCAGGGGUUUAAUCUUCUGGGUAUAUGCAGAUCACCAUAUAUAGCCUGGAGAACAUAUGCUCAAGAGAAGAAGAUAAAAUUGUAGUGCAAAUCCGAGUGUGUAAAUAAAAGAACUUUUAUUAACUUACAUAUAGGUUUAAAACAGUGGAUGUAAUGAUUACAAGUCACCACUAGGCGUCCUACAUGUUUCGUCCGUGUGAAGGACUUCCUUAGGGACUUGGCAGUGUCACGUAACAAUUCAAAGUAAAUACUAACCCUCCCUUCCCUCCCCAGUCCUUUCUUCUUUUUUUUUUUUUUUCUUUUUUUUAAAAUAUUCUUUAUUUGCUUUUCAUUACGGUGCCAGACAAUACAUUACAUAAACAUUAUAUAAAACCAUCCAUAGUAUAAACUGACUCAUUCAAUCAAACAUCCUGACAAAUACAAUACUGCGAAGUAGGGCCCAAGCAGAGAGAAAAGAGAGUAAAUAAACUAAUACAAUAUAACUUCUUUUACCGAAAUGCACUCAUCACUUUAUUAUCCGGGCAGGGACAGAACUCUUAAAAGGCAGUUUUCUUUUGCUUUUGUUUUCUUAACCGAAGACUUAUUUCUCCAGCAUACCCCCAGUUCCAUUUUCAGGUGGAAUGUUAAUUGGUUUACCCAGUGAUACAAUUCUAUUUCUUUUGAUUGUGUCCAUUCUCUUAGGAAACUAUGGGUAACUAAAUAGAAAUGUAUAGCAGUUAGAUCAGGCCAGCCCAAGUGAAGAAUUGCAGUGACUGGGUUUUUAUCAAUCCUAAUCCUUUCUAGUUUAACUAAAGUACGGUACACUUGAUCCCAAAUUCGUUUUAUUUUUGGACAGUUCCACCAGAUAUGUAAAUAACUCCCAGGUGCACUUGAACAUCUCCAGCAUAUAUUUGAGACAUUAGUAUCUAUUUUAUUUAAUCUAGUAGGUACUAAAUACCAUCUGCUGGUAACUUUAUAAAAAAUUUCAAUCAAAACAAUGUUAUGAACAUUUUUCUUUAAUUUUUGUAGAGCUUUUCCCCAGGCAUCUACUUCUAUGGACAGAUUACACUCGGUUUCCCACUUGUUCAAAUCAUUUAUAUUAAUAUUAUAUGGAAUUAAUCGAGACUGCAUAUAAGAUUUUGAUAAUUUUCUAGAAUUUGCACGAGCAAAUAUUUGUUUGAUACAAAAAGACCCUCUAUUCUUUCCAUCCACAUAAUUCUUAGAAAGAAAAGAUUAUAUAAUUAAAUGUUUCUGAAACAGGUAGCUCAUAUUCUAGCCUUAAAGUGCCGAAUGAUUUAACUGAACCUCCUGCCAUAAUGCUUCCGAUCUCUCCAAUAUUCUUUUCUUUCCAAUGAUCUAGAUUUCUAUCUUCUAUAAGGGAUUCUAAAAUCUCUAUCUCCAUGAAGUCAUAUAUCUUGUCCCUGUGGUUCAUUUGCUUCCUCAGUUUAACCCCUUAAGGACCAAACUUCUGGAAUAAAAGGGAAUCAUGACAUGCCACACAUGUCAUGUGUCCUUAAGGGGUUAAACCAUAUCGGAAAAGUUUGACAGAUUAUUUUAUUUUGAAUUUCUUUUAGAAUUAAAUUUCCUUUUUCAUGCCAUAACAUUUUAUUUAAUUGCUGCUUGGUCAAUGAUAAAGUCUCAAGUUUGUACCAUCCUGUAUUUAUUGCUUCUUUUUUCAUUAAAAUUUGUAUAUGAUGGAUCAUGCUAGCUUCAUAGUGCUUUCUGAUAUUGGGAAAAUUCGUACCGCCUAGCCUAGGGGCCCUCGUCAGCUGGGCUAGAUUAAUGCGAGGUCUUUUUCCUUUCCAUACAAAGUUCCUAAAUGUUCUCUGAAUUAAUUCUCACCAACUAUCUGGUACCUUUAAAGGGACCAUUUAAAAAAAAAAAAUACAUCCAUUUUGGAAGAAUAUACGCGUUUAUUAUAUUUAUUCUUCCAGCCCAACUCAAAAAUGUACUGUUCCAUUUUUUUCAAUGCCAGAUUUGUUACUUUAAUCAGUUUUAAGACAUUCUUUUCAACAAUGAUGUUUGUUGUCCAACAGUAUAACUCCUAAAUACUCAAAGCUAGCCUCAGAAUCGCAUUUUGAAAACAUUGCUAUUGAUUUAUCUAUGUUCAUCUUAUAAUUCGACACUUCACUAUAAUAAUUUAUCUCCUCCAUAAGAUUGAAAAUAGAGGCAAAGGGAUCCGUCAACGUAAUUAUUGUGUCAUCGGCAUACAAACACACCUUUAGGUCCCCUGAUGCUAUAGGAAUCCUUUUGGUGUUCCGAUUAGAUCUAAUUCUGGCUGCAAAGGGUUCCAUGGAGAUAAUAUACAAUACUGGCAAGGGGGGGGCAUCCCUGACGGGUGCCAUUAUUCAGCUCAAACCAAUCGGAACAUAAAUCUACGCCUACUACCCUGGCCGUGGGGUCUUGAUAUAUAGAUUUAAUUGCGGCCAUCAUCCAUCCACAAAAACCCAUGGCUUCCAGGACCUUAAACAUAUAUCUCCAUCCGACCCUGUCAAAGGCCCUUUCUGCGUCCAGUGACAGGAUCAGGAGAGGUGUAUUCACUCUAUCCCCCCAAUCAGGGCCGUCUUUAAUAUUGAUUGGACCCUGGGCAAAGCAUUUGCUUGGGCCCCUGGAACCUGUCCCCCCUCACCAGGCGUGCAAUCACGUCCUCCACCCUAACAAAGUGGCAGACCUAAAGUAGAGAGGUGCAAGAAUUUUUUUGAGCCUCCCUAUCGCACGGGUGAUUAGAAGGUAGAUCCCCAUCUGUCGUGCAACUCCAGCAAUGCACUGACAGCUGGGGCUCUUCCAUUUACCCAUGUUUGAAGGUUUGUAUUUAGCACUAAGCAGUUGUGUGUUUGAAUGUUAGCAGGUUUUUGUAUGGAAUAUGUUUGUAUGUGGUGUUGGCGUACGUGCAAGCAUGUAUUUAUGUGUAGUGUUGGUUUUUGAAUGCAAGGGUGUGUUUACAUAUAAUUUUGGUGUGUAACUCAGACGUGUGUUUUGGAGUUUGAAUGCCAGUGUGUAUUUGUAUGUGAUGUUAGUGUGUGAAUGCUGAGAUGUAUGCACAUAUACACACACACACAUAUCGAUAUAUAUAUAUUUAUUUAUGGCACACACAGACAGACAUACUGGUACACAGACAUACUGACACACACACAGUCAGACCUACUGACAGACAGGGACCUACUGACAGACACACACAGACAUACUACACACACACAGACCUACUGACAGACACACAUACACACACAGACCUACUGACAGACACACACACACACACAGACCUACUGACAGACACACACCCAGACAGACAUACUGACACACACCCAGACAGACAUACUGACACACACCCAGACAGACAUACUGACACACACCCAGACAGACAUACUGACACACACCCAGACAGACAUACUGGCAUACACAGACACAUAGUGGACACACACACACAGACAUAGUGGCACACACACACAGACAGACAUAGUGGCACACACAGACAGACAUAGUGGCACACACACACAGACAGACAUAGUGGCACACCCAGGUAGACAUACUGGCACACAGACACACAGACAUACUGGCACACAGACAUACUGACACACACACAGACAUACUGACACACACCCAGACAGACAUACUGGCAUACACAGACACAUACUGACACACACACACAGACAUAGUGGCACACACAGACAGACAUAGUGGCACACCCAGGUAGACAUACUGGCACACAGACAUACUGACAUACACACAGUCAGACCUACUGACAGACACACAGACCUACUGACAGACACACACUGGCACACAGACAUACUGGCACACAGACAUACUGACCCACAGACAUACUGAAAUACACCUAUGCAAACUUUAAAGCCCCCCUCCAGUUUCCUACCUUCCCUGGGGUCCAGUGUGCUGGCUUGGGUGGUUGGGAGUUGGGGACUUGGUCUCCUUGCUCAGUCCGCCUCCUCACUGCGUCCUGGCACAGGCUCCCUCCCGCGCGGCUCAUCAUCUCUGAGGGAGGAAGUGACUUGCGGACGUCACUUCCUCCCAGUGCUGCUGUAAAGGGUCACAGCACCCGACCGGGCCCCUGCUGAAACGUGCUCACCGGGUGGCCCUAAAUGUAUUGGCCACCCGGUGAGCCUCCUUAGAGUAUGGGCCCCGGUGCAGCCGCAAUACCAGCACCGCGGGCCCAUGGGGGGGGAGGGAUUUUUUUUAUGCAGGCUAUGGGCGGCGGGGCAAAUAGGGCAGCUGCUUUGGGCCCCCAAGGAGUAACUGGGCCCGGGGCAGCUGCCCCGUUUGCCCCACGUUAAAGACGGCCCUGCCCCCAAUCCAAUAUGUCUAUCAAUCUCCUGGAAUUAGCAUUUGCCUCUCUGAAAGGAACAAAGCCGAUUUGAUCUUCAUGUAUAAGGAUAGGCAAAAUAGAUUUAAUUCUUUCAGCCAAAAUGGCCGAAAACAAUUUAGAAUCUACAUUAAUUAAAGAUAUCGGGCAAUAAUUUUUCAGUUCAUUAGGGUCCUUAUCUUUUUUAAUGAUAGGGAUAAUAUUUGCAUAAAGCAUUUCUUUGAGUCCAGAUCCUUUCUCAACUAUCUCAUUAUAGACAUUAACUAGAAGUUCACAUAUUAAAUUACUGUAUGUUUUAUAAAAAUGGUUUGUCAACCCAUCUGGGCCUGGGGUUUUAUAUUUUUCUAAUCUUUCAAUAGCGGUGUGAAAUUCUAUUCUCGUAAGAGGCGUAUUUAACUUAUCAUUAAGCUGUUUGGGAAUUUCUGGUAAAUUAAUAUCUUCCAAAUAAUUCUUUAUUUGUUUUUCCCCUAAUGAUUUAGGAAUGUUCUAUAAAUCUUCGUAAUAGUUCUUAAAGAUUCUUGCUAUGUCUUCAGGGUUCUAUAUUAUCUAUAUCUAUUAUCUAUAUCUAUAAACUUAUUAGUCAACCACUUUGUAAUUUUGUUGUUAUCAUGAUAAUUUACUUUAAUCUUUUCUAGAUUUCUGUUAAUUCUUUCUGUUUCUAUUUUAUUUAUUUUUUCUUUGAUAUCUUUUAAUUGUAUUAUUGUUUCAUUAGUGAAGAGAUUUUUCAUAUUUUUAGAGAUUCUAUAAUAUUGGAUAUAAAGUUCUUCUCUAGUGGCACCCCUUUCCCUAUUUAGUCUACUUUUGAGUUUUAUCAAAUAGCCUCUUACGACAGCUUUGAAGGCACACCAGAUCACUGAAUAUGACAUACCAUCCGUUUUGUUUUCCUUGAAAUAUAACUCAGUAAGUUUUCCAAUCUGAUUUUGAUGUUCACUCUUUAAGAUAAUAUUGUCAUCCAAUCGCCAGGUAUUAAAGGGGUUUUUAUUUUUUUAUCCUUUAUGCUAAAUAUGUUGUAACUAUGACCCGCCCAUGGAUUUUCAACUAUUUCUGUUUUUUUAAUCUGUUGCACCAAAGAAUUCUCUUCCGAGACCAGAUCUAUUCUGGAAAGAGACUGAUGAACUCUAGAGAAAUUAGUAUUUUCUCUUUCCAUGGGAUAGAAAACACGCCAGAUAUCAGUAAGACCACUCUCUCUCAUAGUAUUUCCCAGAAUUUUUGAUUGUUUCUUUGUCUAUUUUUAUUUUUUUUUAAUCAUCUUUAAUUUUUUUGUCUACUGAAAUAUCUGGAACACAAUUAAAAUCCCCUGCAAUUAUUAGGAUCCCCAUUUUUACUUUGUCAGCCUUAUCCAUUAUUUUUUUAAGAUAUUAGGCAGAUAUAAAUUUACAAUAGUGUAUAUUAUUGAUUCUAUUUUACACACUAAAAUUAGAGCUCUACCUUCCUCAUCCAAUAGCAGCUACUCUCUUUUUUUAUUUUUCCCCUUCCAAAGAUGCAUGUAAAACCUCUGCAUAUUGUUCAUAUCUCCAUCUUAUUUUGUCCUCCCUUUUCCAAUGCGUCUCCUGGAUUAUUGCUGUUUCUAUCUGUUCUUUUUAAAGUAAUUCUAGUAGGAGUUUUCUUUUAUAAGGGGUAUUUAAUCCCUGAAUAUUCAUGGAUAUGCACUUCAGAAUGAUUCCCUAUUUCCUUCCCCUUUCCCUCCCUGUUCCCUCCCCCUUCACAGAAUACAACCAUACAACAUUCAUCCAACAACUGAAAUUCCUACAAUAAUAGGGAUAUUUCCAUCCAUUCUUAUCCACACCUACAAGAGAAAACAUUCCUCCGUUGAUGUGACUCUUAACGUUAUUUCUCAUAAUGUUACUAGAUGAGAUCUCAUUAAGGAUCUCCAAGCGGGACUUAAAGGGUAAGAUCAGGAGUGACCGAAACAUUAAUAUAUCAAAAAGUUAAACACAGCUCUUUCCUCUUUUCAUAUGAGAGAUAUGAGUAAAGAAUAUAAAUAUAAUAUACCACAACCAUAAUACAGAUUUCAAGGGGCCAAAGGCCCAAUUUUACCUUUCCUCACGUUAUUUCCUAUCUAUUCCCCAAUUCUUUAAAUCGUUAUUUUCAGUGGAUAUACCGUUAUUCAAAUAGUGAUUUCAUAUAAACCUUUUUAUCCUAAGCUCAAUCUUAUCUAUAAUAAAGUAUUGUGCACCUGUGUUCUUAUAUUUCUAUAAUCGUGGUUGUGUAUUUCUUUUCUUGCUUUAUAUAAUAAUUACCAAAACUUCUAUAUAAUUAAUCAAAGUCCUCAUCUUCCAUUUUUCUUCUUCAUACUCUCUCUGUUCUUCUUCGAUAUUUAUAUAUAACUCAGCUCAUAGUUCUACUUCUCAAUAGCGUUAAAUAAGUUGCUCUUUAGUUCAUUUUUCGAGAUCUUUCGGUUCAGGAAAUACAGCUUUUUUUGUCUUUCCAGAGUAAUAUGACUGUUCCGUUAGGGCCUCACCUAUAUCUUAUAUUUUGUUGUUUGAGCGGAGCCAAAGCAGAAAAAAAUAAUCUUCUCUUUGAUCUUGUAAAUGAAGAAAUAUCUUGAUAGACUAUCAGAUCUUUGAAUCUUCCUUCUUCAAUUCUCUUUAUUCUGCUAGCUUGCAUUACUUGUUGUUUCACAUGCAAGGAGUAAAAUAUCACAACCAAGUCCCUUGGGCUAGAUUCCGGAAUAUUAGGAGGCUUUCUUACCCGAUAUAUAUUUUCUGUAGCGUAUACCUUGUAGCGGAGUAGUAGGGGUUAAUCCACGGUAUCUCCGCUGGUAGUCAUGAUAAGCAGGUAAAAUCCAGGUAGCGUAGUAAUAAUCCCUUCCUCCCAAGAACUAGACGACACAUAGCUUGGAGGUCAACUGAGGUUUUUAAUCACAGACACAGUAUUUAUGUGGUUACAAUUAUAAGGGGUUUCCUGAGUCACAAUGCAGGGUUUGCCCAGUAGGGGACUACAUGGGGGACUGAGUUUUACAGCCAGAGUACCCAGCAUACAUUGCUGUAGCAAGGAGAUAAUUAUCCCAGAAUGCAUUGCUAAUGGGAUUAUCCCUUGGUACAGGGAAAUACAGUUUUUAUAAUAAAAUCUAUAAUUGACAUAAUAUUUAUGCUAGACAGCUAUUUAACCCUUUAUUACAUAGCUGGGACCUGGCCGCACAGUUAAGGGAACUUGCGCUCAGAUCCCAGGACAAAUAACCGAACGCAGUUCAGUUUCCCUUAUCAGGACCACUUUGUUUAACCGAUUGCCUGAAUGGAGAGAAUGAAAGUCCCGAAAACGACAAACUCGCGAACGGCUCGGAGGUCCAGCGGGGCUUGUGUUGCCGAGUAGCCGAUCUUAGUUCCAGGCACUCAACAACAAAACCCUGCUGGUUUUCCGCGAACAAAGAUGGCCGCCGCCUCGUGUUCGGUACAUGAAUGGCAGCCACCCGCAACAGACCGCAAUUAACACAGAUACAAUGUUGCAAAGUACCUAAUUGGAGACACACGACCUGUUAUGGGUGGUCUCCCAUUCGGUACUUUGCUUAUUCCACGAACAGUGCGGUGAUUCACUGUUCAUGGAUAACCAGGCUUAACAUCAGCGGUAUUCGUGUGCUGUAACACACGAAUGCCGCAUACAUUGCACAAUAAAAAUAUCAGUAGCAGGAAUAUACAGUUGGUUUGAAUAUACUGUGUAAGUCUAUAAGUGGCUAGAUUUGCCACAUCCUUAUUCAAUAUUUUAACGUCCAGAGCUGUCAAAAAUUCAAGUACCUACUCCGUUAUGUUCUCCUGUGUGAUGCUUUCUGGAAUAUUUUUUUUUUUUUUUUUAAAUCUUUAUUUUGAUUGCGCAUAUAAAGUUACAAAACAAAACAUGGGUGUUGUUUGCCACCUUUGUAUAACAGUUAAUAGUUCGAAAUAUGCAGGUAACAAAGUCUGCGCAUUUUUACAUUUAUCACAGUUGUACAACAGAAUAGGGUAACAAUAAUGGAUUUGAGGAGAUUUUGUCUCAAAGCGGACAAUAUAGUUUGUUCUAUUGAGUUCAAUAUAACUUCAAGCAUGGUAUAGUUUGCAGCUUAUAGUAAUGGGGGAACAACGGGGAAGGGGUAGAAACAGAGCAGGUAUUAGGGUGGUUUUGUGUAGCUGGUGGUUUAGACGGUGAUUAAGUGGCUCUAUUGCCUAGAUAAGUCAGCCAAGGUUGCCAUGUUAAGGUGUAGGUGGAGUAUUUGUUUGAGUAUGAUGCGUCUAGUUCUUCCAUGGUCCGUAUGAAUUCUACCUUUUGUAUCCACUCCCGCACUGACGGGGCCCUGGUGCUUUUCCAUUUCAACGGUAUCAACAUAUUUGCUGCUGUCAGCAAAUGGUUGACUAGUUUGCGUUGGAGGUUUGGAAUGUGGGUCGUGUGGACAAGGAAGAGGAAGGUUUCAGGUGAUUGUGGUAGUUGAUGGCCUGUUAUAGCCUUGAUUAGCCCUCCUAACCUCUGCCAGUAAGUUUGGAUGGUCGGGCAGAGCCACCAGAUAUGAGCUGUAGUUCCUCUGGGUUGCCCACACCUCCAACAUGUAUCUGACGCUGUUGGAAAAAUAGCAUGUAUCUUAGCAGGUGAGUAAUGCCAUCUAGAGAUUCUUUUAUAUGUGCUUUCCCUUACUGCGGUGCUGAUGGACGUGGUAUGGGCAUAGAUGAAUAUUUUAUGCCAUGUACCCAUUGGAAUGUUAAUCCCCAGCUCAGUUUCCCAUGACGCUGUGAAUGGGGGAGGAGGGGUGGGAUUGAUGGUGUUAAGGAGUCUGUAGAAUAUAGAUAGGUGCUUGAUUUGUAGGCUGUGUGUAGUACAGUAGGUUUCAAAUUUGGUGUGUGCUCGUGUUCCUCGGAGAAGGUGUGAUCCCCCCUUCAGGAAGUGUGACAGUUGGGCGUAUUGGAAAUAUUGCUGGGAAGUUGGGUGGUCUGUGGAUGCUAAGAUAGACAGCGGGGCUAUCCCCUUUGGUGUGAUGACCGUGCUGACCAUCGGGUAUUUUGUUUUUUGAGUCGGUGGGAACUGAUGGAAGAACUGGGGGUAAGCCCGGUAAAAAGUUGGGGUUAUGUGCUAGAGGGUAGAAGGGUGAGGGAUGUGGGGAGACGUCAGUUUGGUGUCUAAUGCGUGACCAUAUACGUAGUGUGGGCAUGAUCGUUGGGUGAUGAACGUGUUGUGGCCGGAGGAGAGAACGACCCUCGUCGUGCCAUGGGAUCAUACAUAGAGGGGAUUGGAACAUGGAGCUCUCUAUGUGUACCCAUUGUUUGAGUGGGUGUAUUGCAUUCCAUUCGUAUAUCCUAGUCAGUAUGACCGCCUGGUAGUAGCGUUCAAUGUGGGGUAGUCCCAACCCUCCCUGUUCUCUAUGUCUGGUCAGAACCGAGUAUGCUAUCCUCGGACGUUUAUUCGCCCAGAUGAAGGUCGUGAAGAUUCGUUUGAGUUUAGUGAAGAAGGAGGGGGGGAUUGUGAUGGGGAGUGUUUGUAGGAGGUACAGCACUUUAGGUAGCGUGUUCAUCUUCAAUAUGUUGAUCCUACAUAACCAGCUGAAAACCGGUCUCUGCCAGUCCCCUAUAUCUUUCGAUAUUGCCGUUAGAAGUGGUGUGAAGUUUAGAUCAUAUGUGUGUUUUAAGUGUCUGGGCAGGUGGACCCCUAGAUAGGUGAUGGACUUCUCGGCCCAAGUGAAGGGAUAUACGGCUUUAAGUUCAGUUUGUGUGCGUCUGUCCAUUCGGAGGGGUAAAAUUUCGCUUUUUGUGUAAUUGACCUUAAAGUUGGAUAGUUCUGCAUAUGCCUCCAGUUCUGCAAGCAGGGGUGGCAGGGAAGUGAGUGGAUCCAUGAUGGAGAAUAGUAGAUCAUCUGCAAAUGCAGAGACCUUAAACUCCUGUGGGUGGACAGUAAAUCCGUGAAUGUCGUCGUUGUCUCUUAUUCCCUGCAAAAAGGGUUCUAAAGAGAGGAUGAAGAGUAAGGGGGAGAGAGGGCACCCCUGUCUCGUGCCGUUGCUAAUGUGUACUGGGCUUGAUAAUUGGCCAUUUAUUCUCAAUUUCGCCGUCGGGGUAGAGUAUAUGGCUCCCAUCCAUUUCAUCCAAUUUGGGCCAAAGCCUAAGGCUUGGAGUGUGGCUGUCAGCAUUUUCCAGUCUACUCUAUCAAACGCCUUUUCUGCGUCUAUGGAUAGAAGUAGGCUCUGUCUUUGAGUGACAUGGGAGAGGUGUAUGAGAUUUAAUAGUUUAGUUGUAUUGUGUUUGGCCUCGCGUUUAGGGACGAAGCCAGAUUGGUCUUGGUGUAUUAAGGUGUGUAGGAUCGGUUGAAGUCGCGUGGCUAGAAUUUUCGUGCAUAUCUUUAGGUCUACAUUGAUGAGCGAUAUUGGGCGGUAACUACCGCAUUCAGUGGGGUCUUUGCCCGGUUUCGGCAACAGUGUGAUGUGUGCUUCUAGUGCCGAUGCUGGGAGUGGGAGCGGGUCUGUGAGAGCGUUAAAUGCCCUCAGGUAUGGUUUCGUCAGAAGUGUGGCAAAGUGUUUAUAGUAUUUGGCCGUAAGGCCAUCAGGGCCUGGGCUUUUGCCCAACGGUGUUGAUUUGAUCGCACAUUUUAAUUCGUCCUGGGUAAUAGGCAUGUCUAUGGAGCGGGCUACGUCCGCAGGGAUUGUGUUUUUGAGCCUAGAGGAAAGAAAACUUUCUAUGUCAGUUGUGGAGGGGGGCGAGUUCCUGAGAUUGUACAGUUUGGUGUAAAAUUGUUGAAAGGCUUCCAUGAUAUCUGGAAGGGUGUGGGAUAUUGUGCCUGUUUGUGUCUUGAUUUUAGGAAUGUAUGCAUUUUGUCUGGAUUGGCGCAGGGCAUUGGCAAGCAAUUUGCCGCAUUUGCCUCCCCUCGCGUAGUAGGAGUGUUUGGUGUUUAAGAGUUUUUUCUUGGCUUGGCGUUGCAGUAAUUGUGUCAGUUCUGCGCGUUUGGUUAUGAGAGUGUUAUACGUCAGGAGGGAGCUAUCCCUGGAGUGAGUAUGUUCCAGGGUCCUAAUUUCCCGUGUGAGUGCAUCGAUUCUUUGCAUCCUCUGUUUUUUAAGGGUAGCCAUGAUUGCCAGAAAUUCUCCCCGUAUGACACACUUGUGUGCCUCCCAGGUUAUGAUGGGGGAAAUGGAUGGGAGCGUGUUUUCUUGGAAGUAGUUAGCGAGAGCAGUUUCCACUCGCGAUGUGAUGGCGGGGUCAUUGAGUAGGAAAUCAUUAAGUUUCCAAUGAAAAGAUGUUAGCGGGAGUGUAGGAAUCCGUACGGCAAGAGACAGGGGUGCGUGAUCCGACCAGGUGAUCGGGCCGUAAGUGCAGGAGGUGGCCAGGUGUAAGUGGUCCUGGGGAAGGAAUAGCAUGUCCAGUCUAGAGUAUGUGCCCGAAGCUGUAGAGUAGAAGGAGUAGUCUCUAGUUUGAGGAUGCAUGGUUCUCCAACAGUCAUGUAGCCUAGCCUGAUCGAGGAGGUGUGAUACCUGCUUUCUUGUAGUGGUCUGGUAGUGUGUGGAUUGGGAGGUCGUGUCGAGGGUAGAGUCUAAGGACAUGUUUAGGUCACCACCCAGGAUUAACAUGCCUUCCAUGAAGGAUUCAAUUAUGCGGAGGUGUUUCUUAAGAGCCUUACCCUGGUGUCUAUUGGGCAGGUAUAUGUUAGCAAAGGUAAGCAUGUUUUGACCUAUCUGGCCUUUCACCAGGAUCAGUCUGCCCCCAUCGUCCGUUUUGUGGUCUUUGUAUGUGAAGGGGGUAUGUGCGGAAAAUAGUAUGGCCACCCCCCUGGCCUUGGUAUCUCUGUAGUUGCUGAAAAAACCUGUGGGGUAUGCCCUGUUUUUGAGAGUAGGGGCUAUGCCUUUUUUAAAGUGGGUCUCUUGUAUAAAGACCACAUCUGCUCUGAGUUUAUGCAUUUCCGUGAGAGUCAUGGAUCGCUUCUCAGGGGUAUUGAGGCCUUUCACAUUGAGGGUGACUAUCUUUAGAGUGGCCAUCGGGUCUGAGUGUGUGUGUGGCCCUUGCGGAGGGUCCGUCUUGUUCAUUGUGGGGUGAAAGGGAUGGGGGGGGUUGGGUCGGUUGUGAAAUUAGGGGAGUAACAAGGAAGAAGGGAAAAGAAAAAAUAUACAAAUACAGUAAAUAACUUAUAUACAAACAGAUAUUCAAUAAUUAAAUAGAAUUUAUAAUUAUCCCCUUAGGUUGUGGAAAGGUGCAGGUCUAGCCAGUCGCCCAUCGGCAGCCUGAGGGGAGAACCUCUGGUGUCGGACCCAAGGUGGGAUUUUGCCACCUGGGUGCGUCUGUGACACCGUGGUGUAGGUCGUGUCAACCUAAUACGAUAGGAGUUAUCAAGUAUGCAUAUGAUAGUAAUUAAACAGUGAGGGAGAGAAGCGGGGGUGGUCUUAGGUAGUUGACGUCAACCAAAAGCUCUCUUGAUGGAGCAGAAGGAGAAUUGGUUUACAGUCAAUCACCGCCAGAACACAAUCCGUUAACAUUAUUUACAACACAUCAAACAUUCAGGCAUGUGUAUCAGUAAUAGGAGUUAAACAUAUUAAACUGUGCCAAUGUCUAUGAGCCUUUUUUUUUUUUCCUCUUUUUUUAUAUAUUUUAGCUGACGGUUGUUCUUAACCUGUGUAGUGGGCCAAUAGGUGGGAUUGGAUUACCGUGCUACGGCUGCCCUCUGCCAACCCGGUUACCUGGUCCGCAGAGUGGGGGGUUGAUUAGUGCUAGAGAAACCUUGCUGUCUGGCCUGUAACCAUGUCCGCAUUGGAGGUGAUUAUCACUGCAAGCCGUUAUAUACGGUUACUCAUUAGUGGGAGAUAUUAGGCUGGAUAGGUCUAAAAGGGGAUAGUAGAUGAGGAAUUGUUGCUUCCUGCUGUAGUGAGCGCGUUAUUGCGAUAUAUAGGCAGCGGGCAGUGAAUACAGUCACCUGAGUCCCGGGAGGUGUGCAGGAGGCUGGGAGGAAGCGUGCUCUUCUACAGCCUAGCAGUGUAACGAGAAAGUCAAUUUCGGCCAGUUUGUGCGGUCGUCUGAGGCAGGUUUCAGUUAGUAGUUGGUGUCUUUGAGGUUUCAAGAGAGUUGUAGGUUGCUGGUCCCAGGACCUGGUCCGACAGCGGUUCAUGCCGUUUGCUCCGGGUUAGAGUCCAAUCACUGUUGCAUCGGGUCUCGGUUGUCCAUUUUCUUUUUCUUGGGUGUUUGUUGCCAUCUGGGUCUCUGUGGCAGCUGAGGGAGUAGUGGUGUUUGCAGUGGUCCAUACCAAUCUUGGAUGUGCGGAUCUGUUAAAUUGAGAGUCUGGAUAAAGAGAGGAAUGUCUGCAUGGGAGUGGAUGGUGUGCUGGGCGCCUUUGUGCGUGACGCUCAGCGCAAGUGGAUAUCCCCACCUGUAUCUUAUAUUUCUAGCUCUCAAUUGAUCUGUAAUGGGGCGCAAAAUCCUUCUCGCUUGUAGUGUCAGCCAGGAGAGAUCUGGAUAGAUUGUGAUUGGAGCUUCGUGGAACAGAAGGGGUUGUGAAUUUUGUUUCAGCGUGUUCAGUAUGUCUUCUCUGCAGGUGUGGUAGUGGAGUCUGCAGAUGACGUCUCUGGGUUUGUCUGUCGCUAUACCUCUGGGUUUCAACGCUCUGUGUGCUCUGUCUAGGAGAAUGUGGCUGUCUCCUGGUUUUCUUAAUAUAAGGUUGAAGAGUUCAUUUAGGGUUGCAUAAAUAUCUUCCUGCUCACAUUCUGGGAGACCCCGAAUCCGCAAGUUGUUGCGGCGCCCCCUAUUGUCCAGAUCAUCUAUAGACCUAUGGAGCGUGGAUAGGUAAGCAUUUUGGUGUUCCACUGUUGCCUGUAGGGAGCUCAAUUGUGUUUGUAUGGCGUCCCUUUCAUCUUCCAGAGUGACCACUCGGUCAGAGACCUGGCGGAUCUCUGAGCUAAAGGAGUCCAUCUUGGCCUGGACUGAGGCUUCCAGCCGGGUCAGCAUACCUGUAAUAUCCUGCUUGGAGGGUAAGUUCCUCAGGAUCUCCUUCAGGUCCCCUUCUGUUGGUGGGCCCGAGCUGUAUGAGUCCGCCGGGCUGGAUGGGGACAUGCAUAAAGGCGGGGAGUCAGCCGCCAUGUUGGGGCCUAGCAGGCCGGUAUUGCUGUCCGCCCGGUCGCGGAAAUACUUGGUAAGUGCUCCCGAUUUCCCCGACGGGGUUUUGCUGGGGGCUUGUUGGGAUGAUGUGGCUCGUUUAGGGUGACCCAUCUUUGUUUUGUGCGGCCCGAUUAAGUCGGAUUGUGUUUGGCGUGGCCGGAGCUAAUUCAGAUCGCGGCCAUUCAGCAGCUCGGUUGGCCCCGCCCCCACCUUCUGGAAUAUUUUUGACUCUGAUGUUUUUAGUUCUUUUUUUAUCCUCCAGUCCAUUGAUUCUCUGUUCAAGAAUUUUUACUUCAUUACUGAUUUUUUUUUUUUUUUUUCUUGUGCUUUUAUAAGUGUUUUAUAUUGGAAUUCCAUUCAUUCCCAUUUUUCUUCCGUUUUAGAUAGUUUUUCAGUCGGUAAGUGCUAUUGUUAAUUUCCUUUUUAAACUCUGCAAAUAAUUCAAUGACAUUCUCCUGUCUUCCACAAUAGAUUCUUCUACGAGUGAAUUAUGUUCAUCCAGUUUUUUUGAAUUAAGAGGAAAAAAAUCUGCUGCUCCUUUGCUUUGAUUGACAUCAUUUUUUUUAAACUCUUUUUAGUAUCUUUUUUUUUGCCAUCUUGGCUGCAGCCAUGUUAUUCAUGUUAUUCCACUACUUGAAUCAGCUGCCCCUUUACUGUAAAGUUGCCUUCUUUCUCUCUUCUAAUACCUCUAAUUUGAUUUUAAGUAGAGAUUUUCAGCUUCAGCGUUUUCUCUUCAAUGCUUAAAUAGAGAUAGCUUUUUGCUUUUACCGUUUUAAUAUAAUUCUUGUAUAACACUAUUUCUCUGAUUAUUGCAACCUUCUCUGAACUUUCAUUUGCAAUUUUAUCAGAUAUAUCAGGGUAUCUUUACUCUGACUUUAGGAAACAGAUUAUUCCACUUUACCCUUUUUCUUAAAUAGUUUCUAGAUAUCGUCUUUCUCCUUUAGCACUUUACAAAAAAUAGUUUUCUAUACCAAUGAUGGAUAUAUAUAUUCCCUCCAGUCACCCACUUAGUACGUACUUGCUUUUGAAUAGAUUGUCUCAAGGGAGAACUCUAUAAACCUCUAUUUAUUUGUUUUGAGUCCAAAGCAGCAUAUUUAUGAGGCUUGUAAGUGUGUUCUGUCCGAUUUUCUCCUUUAGCUCCCUCUUCCUUAGAAGGCCAUCUCCUCGUGGCAGUAUGUUCAUCAGAGCGCAGUCAGCCGUCGAUCCUUUUCGUCCUCCCGAUGCGUGCGCUCGUUGCGUUCACGUCAAAACUGAUGACUAUAGUAUCCAUUUAAACCUAACCUGAGACCUAUACACAGUGCUACAUUCUUUCAUUACAGGGGUGGAACCUGUGCAAGUUCAAGAGACUGUGGAAAAUCACCUAAAGAGUUUAUUGAUAAAGUACUUUGACCCACGUAAAGCAGACUCCAUAUUUACAGAAGUAGGAGAGGUAAGAUGGGUGCUGUAAGUUAGUCACAUCGCAGGAGCAGAAUAAAAUUAAUAUUAAUUAGAAAAUACGAUAAUGGGCUCAAGCUCAGCAAAGCCAUACAUUUUACUAUUAGGUUACAAAGAGACAAAUAGGCCAGACAAAUUCUGAUGGGGUAAGAAAUUAAGGGAGGUUGGUGGGUCACCGCUAAUAAUAAUAAUCACCCUGUUACUAAGAGAAAGGGUGACUGGAACCUGCUGGGGCAGAUUAACUAAACCACUAUCUAGUCCCUCUUACUUAUCCUCAUAUCUGGAGUAUUUGUUAAUCAAAUAUUGUAUCAGAUUCUCAAAGCGGUCUUUUAGUGUUAUGCCUAAUUAUUGAUUUCUAGUCCUAUAUCAGACAGGAUUUAUUUUAAACCACUUUGGAGGCAUAUUAUCUAAAUAUGUUUAUUGGGGCCCGAUUUCUAGCUCUUCAAUGGAUAAUCUGCUAUUUUAAAUGUUAUUGUGGUUAUACAUUGCACAAGUGGGUUGUUAUUUUAUAUAUUUUUUCACUCCACCAUUUCCACCUGAGUAUCACCGGAAGAGCGAUCUCUAGUGGUAGUUUUUUCAAAUGUUUCCAUUUUUGUGAGUGUUUUGUCUGGCUCUUUGUGGCAUCAGGGGACAUCCCUGUCUAAGACCCUGGUGAAUUGCUCCUUCUGUGAAAUGGUUGGUUUAUAUAUGUACCUUCUUAAAUAUCAACUCAGUGUUUAACCCCCACCAUGCACCACAGCCUCAUGGCUUUUUAAUGUGCAUAUUUACCAUCUCUUACUCUAAUUUUUAUAAUCAUUGCAUAUUCUAAUAAAGUUGUUCAGCCAUUAUUUUAUUUAUUGGAAGCAUCUCCCUCUUUGGACUCUCUUGGGCCUAUUUGUCUAUUUUGUAAACUAAUUGAAUUGAAUUGUUGUGGGUUACCCCCACUUGGGGCCUCUUAGACACGGUUAUUUGGUUACAGAGUGGCACCUUUUUGUCAUAUCAAUACAGAUCAAUCCUAAAAGUAGAGAGUGUCUUUGUUUUGCUUUACAGACACCGGCAUGGCUGGAGCAGAUGAUCGCGCACACUACAUGGAGAGACCUUUUCUAUAAGCUGGCAGAGGCCCAUCCCGAUUGUCUGAUGCUCAACUUCACUGUAAAGGUGAGCCAUGUUACCAAAUAUUCAUUGACACCUCAAUUUAAAAAAUGGAACACUCCAAACACCACAACCACUACAGCAUCACUUCCUGCCUCUCUGCAACCUCUAGAACAGCUGGAAGUUUUCUGCCAUUGGCUGAAAGCGAUCAGCUGAUUCACCAGCCAAUGAGCUGGCCCUGUACUGCAGGGUUUGGCUCAGGAGAACUAACAGAAGCUCCCAGCAGGAGCUUCCAUCUCACUGGAGGCUACAGAGUGGCACCCAGCGGACACCAAGAACUCAAACAGUUCUACAGCUUGAUUUGAGGGGAACCCGGACACUUUGGGCAUUCUCCUUUAAUGUCACUGAUUUUGUCAAGCUGUUUAAAGGCAUCACAGCCUCAUUUUUAACAACAUAGGGAGAAAUCCUUGAGUUUAUGCUUGAUCCUCACAAUCUGCGUGUCCUCUCUGACCAAAAAAAACAAGUUUAAUGUGACACUCCAGUCCCUUGAAGCUCCCCAAAUUGCGGAAGUGAGGGCUUUUCAUUAUUUUCCUUGUUCAGAAUAGCUGCCCUAGUCUCAUACUCUAUUUCACAGUUAAUUUCAGAUGCUGGGUACCAAGGGGAAAUUACCAGCGUAUCCACAGCAUGCCAGCAGCUGGAAGUCUUUUCCAGAGUCCUCCGUACUUCGCUGGCCACCAUAUUGGAUGGAGGAGAGGAAAACCUGGAGAAAAACCUGCCUGAAUUUGCAGUACGUUUAUUUAAUUUUUGUUCAGAUUCAUCACUUUGAAAAGAACAGGAAAUACAGAGUGUGAGGUGGUUACUGACAGGUUGAUGGUUGUACCUGGUGCAGAAAACAGAUGAUAGAAUUUCCUGCUGCACUUCUUUUUAUUUUCUUGCAUUAAGUUCUUUAUUUUUUUUUUCUCUUCUUUAUGCAGUUGGAAACCGGGUAAAACUAUUUGCUAAUUCUUUAUAUAAAUACUGGUAAACCCCCAGAGUUUCUGUGUGAACAUUGUGUCUUUGUCUCUGCAGAAGAUGGUUUGUCACGGUGAGCACACCUACCUGUUUGCCCAGGCCAUCAUGUCUAUUCUGGCUCAGGAGGAGCAGGGGGGCUCUGCCAUGCGACGAAUUGCUCAGGAGGUCCAGAGAUUUGCACAUGAAAAGUAAGUGCACUUAGCAUUUACAUUGAAGUCAGACAUCACAGUCACAGACCCAUCCACACAAUAAAUACCUUCCUGGUGCUCACCGUCGUGUGAUAUUACUUUCCUGUUUAGCAGGUAAUUAGCCAUAGAAGGGGCACACGCUGUUAGGGGAACCAGGUCCAGUGAGAGGGAGUGUGAGGCUAACCCACACCCUAACGUAUUAAACCAUUUAUUUUUUUGUCUGUGUAGAGGCCAUGAUGCCAGUCAGAUUACGUUGGCGCUGGGCACUGCAGCAUCAUAUCCACGUGCAUGCCAGGCACUGGGUGCAAUGCUGUCUAAAGGAGCUCUCAAUCCAGCUGAUAUCACGGUGUUGUUCAAAAUGUUUACAAGCAUGGAUUCCCCUCCAGUUGAGCUGGUAAGUUCAUUAGGAUGUGUCCAGUACUUUGGGACGAAUCGAGUAAGAAAGGGGUAGUGAGCAUUGUGCAUGAUUAAUCAUAGAAAUAUUGUCAUAGAGCGAAAGGUAAAAAUAAAUCGGUUAUGUAUGUCCUACUAGCUGCAAUCUCCUGACCGUGGUUCCCAGUGAGAAUUUAUGCACCUUAAGUCGGAUUGUCGGUUGUCCUAUCCAAUAUAUUUUGCAUUGUUCUGUUGAUUUUCACAAUGACCCGACAGAAAAUAUUGCGGGCAAAAAGAACACGCAACGCUGAAAACAGCUGCAGAAUAGUGAGCAUGGGGUUUAAAUAAGCGACAGUCUGACCAAAGAUGCAUAAAGAUGGCUGUCAGAAAGGUAGAGGUAUAAGAUCAGGCAAGUGAAGUCUUACAUGUCAAUAGACAUUCAAAAAGGCAGAGUUUAUAACAUAAAGAUGGUUUAAAAAAAGUGUUUCUUUGAAGAAGUUAUGUUUAAAUGAAAAUGUCAUGUUCUUCUUAUUAAGGAUAAUAUUAACAAUAAUCCUGAUAUUCCUGCCUUUUCCUUCCAAGAUCCGUGUUCCUGCAUUCUUGGACCUCUUCAUGCAAUCACUGUUUAAACCGGGUGCUAAAAUUAACCAAGAUCACAAGCACAAAUACAUCCACAUUCUGGCAUACGCAGCCAGUGUUGUGGAAACCUGGAAAAAGGUAGGUAUGGUGAGCGGCCAAGGUGGGUUUCCCUCUUUCUAGCACCUGCUGACACGGAAUGGAUGUUUUUGCAGAACAAGAGAGUGAAUAUUAACAAAGAUGAGUUAAAGUCGACAUCAAAAGCCAUAGAGACUGUGCAUAACCUGUGCUGCAACGAAAACAAAGGCGCUUCCGAACUGGUGGCCGAGCUCGGUACCCUGUAUCAGUGUAUCAGGUGAGUGUAAGUGCGAUCCAGGUACUCGCUUUGUGAGUGUGGCCGCAGUCUGAUCAUUUACUGCUCUCUGUGUCUGUCUGUAUCCUGUGAGCACGGCCGCAGUCUGAUCAUUUACUGCUCUCUGUGUCUGUCUGUAUCCUGUGAGCACGGCCGCAGUCUGAUCAUUUACUGCUCUCUGUGUCUGUAUCCUGUGAGCACGGCUGCAGUCUGAUCAUUUACUGCUCUCUGUGUCUGUCUGUAUCCUGUGAGCACGGCCGCAGUCUGAUCACUUACUGCUCUCUGUGUCUGUCUGUAUCCUGUGAGCACGGCCGCAGUCUGAUCACUUACUGCUCUCUGUGUCUGUCUGUAUCCUGUGAGCACGGCCGCAGUCUGAUCACUUACUGCUCUCUGUGUCUGUCUGUAUCCUGUGAGCACGGCUGCAGUCUGAUCAUUUACUGCUCUCUGUGUCUGUCUGUAUCCUGUGAGCACGGCCGCAGUCUGAUCACUUACUGCUCUCUGUGUCUGUCUGUAUCCUGUGAGCACGGCCGCAGUCUGAUCACUUACUGCUCUCUGUGUCUGUCUGUAUCCUGUGAGCACGGCCGCAGUCUGAUCAUUUACUGCUCUCUGUGUCUGUCUGUAUCCUGUGAGCACGGCCGCAGUCUGAUCAUUUACUGCUCUCUGUGUCUGUAUCCUGUGAGCACGGCUGCAGUCUGAUCAUUUACUGCUCUCUGUGUCUGUCUGUAUCCUGUGAGCACGGCCGCAGUCUGAUCACUUACUGCUCUCUGUGUCUGUCUGUAUCCUGUGAGCACGGCCGCAGUCUUAUCACUUACUGCUCUCUGUGUCUGUCUGUAUCCUGUGAGCACGGCCGCAGUCUGAUCAUUUACUGCUCUCUGUGUCUGUGUAUAUCCUGUGAGUGCAGCCGCAGUCUGAUCAUUUACUGCUCUCUGUGUCUGUAUCCUGUGAGCACGGCUGCAGUCUGAUGACUUACUGCUCUCUGUAUCCUGUAAGUGUGGCCGCAGUCUGAUCAUUUACUGCUCUCUGUGUCUGUAUCCUGUGAGUGCGGCUGCAGUCUGAUCAUUUACUGCUUUCUGUGUCUGUUUGUAACCUGUGAGUGCAGCCGGAGUCUGAUCAUUUACUGCUAUCUGUAUCUGUAUCCUGUGAGUGCAGCCGCAGUCUGAUCAUUUACUGCUCUCUGUGUCUGUAUACUGGGAGCGCGGCCGCAAUCUGGUCAUUUACUGCUCUCUGUGUCUGUCUGUAUCCUGUGAGCGCGGCCGCAGUCUGAUCAUUUACUGCUCUCUUUGUCUGUAUCCUGUGAGCGCAGCUGCAGUCUGAUCAUUUACUGCUCUCUGUGUCUGUAUCCUGUGAGCGCAGCUGCAGUCUGAUCAUUUACUGCUCUCUGUGUCUGUCUGUAUCCUGUGAGCGCGGCCGCAGUCUGAUCAUUUACUGCUCUCUGUGUCUGUAUACUGUGAGCGCGGCCGCACUUCCUGUACCUGUCUGUACCGCAGUUCCAGAUCUGUGAGUGUCUGACUGUCCAUUCUCAUAUUAGGUUUCCAGUGGUGGCUAUGGGAGUUCUGAAGUGGGUGGACUGGACAGUGUCAGAGCCCCGAUAUUUCCAACUUCAAACCGAUCAUACGCCUGUACACCUGGCUUUGCUUGAUGAGGUAUGUUUUUGCCAAACCCACCACGCCAUGUUUAACCUAUGUUUGUUAUACCAUACGUCCUUUUUUUUUUUAAUGUUUUUGUUUUGUUUUGUUUUUUAGUAAAUAUUAGGCAUUUUCUAGACUCUCUACUUACCCCUAUUCCAAAAGAUACUAAAAUCCUAUGGAAUAGGAAAAAAAAAAGAAAAAAACAAUAUAGUGUAAAUCCAAAUUUCUAAUUUUGGAUGUUUGCCCAUUAUUAAGAUUGCCACAAAGGAUGACUCUGAAGUGACGCUGCGAUGUAGUCAGGAGCGUCAGUUCCGUUACUCGAGGACUGGGAAUGCCAGCAGUAAAAAUGGCUGCUGGGGAUGUGGAGGUGAGGCUGUUGGGGAUGACAGGUGCUAUAAUACAGGACAGCUGGGACAUGCUACUCCACUCAGUCUCUUUUGAUUGGCAGCGGAUCGAUGUUUAAACCAAUUAGUGAAGAGACUGGCAAAUAUAUGAAACUAGGAUGCUGGAAGUGGAUUUAUGCCGAUUGAAAGAUCCCAUGAAGUGGGCGAAACGCGUUUCGGAUAGAAAAGAGCUUGUGGACAUUAUUGAGCACCUUAUUGUUUUUAAUGGAUUAAUAAAUGUAAAAAGGUCCUUUCUAGCUUCACCAUCCAUCUACUCCUAAAGAAGAGUAGUGCCUCCCUUUUAAGGUACCCAGAGCCAGGUUCCUUAGGCUCUGGUAAGCAGUUAUUUAUAUAAAGUUAUAUAUUUGUACUAUAACUGGAUAUACUACACUAGAAACCACCCCCACCCCCCACCAUUCCAUAGGAUUUCAGCAUCUUUUGGAAUAGGGGUAAGUGGAGAGUUACAUGCAAUCAUUUUUAGCGCUCCACUCCAGAGAUUUGUGGUAGGUUUGGUUUCACCCCUAGACCUUCCUUUUUUUCCUGCAUGCUCAUUCAGAUGUAUGAGGGGGAUUCCCACCAGUGUGUGGUAGCAGCUUUAUAUGCAUUGGAAGAGAUGAAAUUAACUGACUGUUGUUUUCCACAGAACAGAUGCUCACAGUAUUGAAUUAUAUUAAUGUGUGCACAGAUCCUGUCUUAGAGCAUAUACUUCACAGCACUUGUGACUCCUUAUAAAUGGGUCAUAAGUUCUCUCCCAAAAUCUGUUUUCCGUGCUUUGUCCUGCUCGUUUUUUUGUAAUUUCUCUGUCUGGGACUUGAGCCAUCUCUGCUGUUUCUAACAGUUUUUAUAUGCUCUGAUAACUUGGUACAAUAGCUUUAGAUCAUUAGAUCAUAAAGAGAAGGAUAUUCUUUGUUAAAUGAAUAGAUGUUACCCGUUAAAUGUUGGAAUUUUUGUCCCUUCUGCUGGGAGUUGUCUCCUGUCCAUCCUCAAUGUACAGUAUUGUGACCUCUCGUCCUAUGUUUGCAGAUCAGUACCUGUCACCAGCUGCUUCACCCUCAGGUCCUGCAACUUCUCAUCAAACUCUUUGAGACGGAGCAUUCGCAGCUGGAUGUCAUGGAGCAGGUAUCCAGAGGCUUUCUAAACGCCUUCACUGUCUGUUUAUAAAGCUGUUACUAAUCCGGCCAGGACAAGUGACAGUCCGUGUGUCCCCAAACCCCUUAUCCCAGUGACAUUCUGUGUAUCCAACAUGCUGGCAGUAAGUUAAUUGCACAUUCUGCUGUAACGUAGGGAUCCUUUAAGCCUAAAUAGGUUGUUUUUUUACAGCACAGACCAUCAUUGGUCAUUAAAGUUUUUAAUUUGAUCGAAUCCACUCGGAAGCAGGCUGGACACUCCUUGUGUUAAAUAAAUGAAGUGUCAAUAAAGAAUAUUAUAUAACACAAGAUGGUGCACAAUUUCUCCUGUCACCCCUCUCAGUGUGCAUUUAGAGAAAAUAUGUAACCCAUAAAUUGCCAUUUAUACAUACAGUGUGAAAGGCACUACCUGAUCUUAUAUUCCUCAUCUGCUUCUCACCUAAUAACGCUUGAUAAAAUGACUCCUCCCACUGCGUCAUUCUGACAUGCCAGUAGUGAAAGGCAGACGGGUUAUAGAAAGCGAGUGCCUCUUGGUGUGUUUUUAUAGUGUUUGCAUUCCUGCAUUUUCUUUUAUUCUGUUUUAAAAUAGGUCCUGCGGUCACCCUUACUUUAUUUUUUCCUUCCUUUUUCUUGGUCUCCUCUGAUUUUUCUUGUUUUUCUCUUUCUCUCGCUUUAGCUAGAACUGAAGAAAACAUUACUGGACAGAAUGGUCCAUCUGCUUAGUCGUGGCUACGUCCUGCCAGUGGUCACCUAUAUCCGCCGAUGCCUGGAGAAGUUGGACACUGAUAUUUCACUCAUCCGAUACUUUGUGACCGAGGUGCGCUGAUACAUUACAUGCGGUGUUUGUUACUCUUUGUUUUGUGUGACUUUUUCUCCAACAUGUGUGUGGUUUCUGUCAGGUGCUUGAUGUCAUCGCUCCCCCCUACACCUCCGACUUUGUCCAACUUUUCCUCCCCAUCCUGGAAAAUGAUAGUAUUGCUGGGACCAUCAAAACUGAAGGGGAACAUGACCCUGUGACGGAAUUCAUUGGUAAGUUAUGGAUGGAACGCGUCUGAUCAGCAAACAUGUCUACAACUGGGCUAACUGAUGGUUGAUAUAUUAUGAUAUAAGUUUCUUUAUUUUAAUCCACCUUCAAUAUUUAAAGGUAAAAAAAGCCAUCCUUUAUUUAGUUGUAAAUGUGUUAUUGUGAGCAUGUCACUCAUUCCCCUCACCUCUUUUUUUUUUUUUUCUUCUGUUUCUUAAUUUAAAAACCUUACCUUUAAUCUAACAUCCAGGCCAAGUUGUCCAAGAACCUUUCCACACUUGUAACUUCCACUACGUCACCCAUUGGCUGUUCGCGGUCCAAUCAAAGAAUUGCUGGAACAUGGUCAUCUGCACGGCUUGUGCUGUGAGCCACCAUUUGGCUUCUUCUGAUAAAGGAGCAUAAAUUCAAUGCUUCUCUCUCAGAAGUCGUUUACACUACACUGCGCAUGCGUGUGAUGUGUGCAUUCACGAGCAGUGAAAUGAGCCGAGAUCCAAGAUCUAAGCAGGGGAAGGAGGGAGAGAAGGGGUGCACAGAGGAUAUGGGGGUUGGAAAUGAGAGGUGAAGAAAUGUAGCUGUUAUGUAGGGAGGUGCAGAGUGAAAGGAAAGCCUGGGAGGGAGAGUAAGGGCAAUUUCACAUAGAGGUCGCCUUGUAGUCACGCUCAAAUCACUGCCUGCUAGAGAAGACCUCAUUACGUCCGUCUCCAGCGUGUGCAGACAUCUGGGAGAGGGACUUUGCACAGAACUCACAUUAGUCAUGCUGCACAUGGGUCGUAACCCAUUAAUCAAUUAUCUUAUUUAUUUAUAUUUAUUUUAUUAUUAUUUGCAGCUCACUGCAAGUCCAAGUUCAUCAUGAUUAACUAGCGAGUGGUUUGGGUGUCCGAUUCCACAUGAGUAUCUGGAAGACAUCAGAACGAGGAAGUUCCCAGGAGAUGGCGAGCUUUCUUGGGCAUUGCUUUUUUGUCUUCAUGGUUUUGUUGUUGUUGUACAGACUUUUAGUUGAACUUUCUUAAUAAAACAUUAAAACUGUUUCGAACCUUGUUUUGUUGUGAUAUUCUGCAUCCUUGAUCCUGUCAUUUUUAUAUACACAUAAAAGUACACAUGCGGUUGUGUUUUUAAAUAUCAAACACUAUGAAUCUAUUUGCAUGUGUACAUUGUAUUGUCUCAUUUUACAUCAUGUUAAUAGAUCAAGAUGCAAGUGCAUUAUUUUAAUAUACAGGUCUCUGUAUGUCUCUUGUAUUGCACAGGCUGUAUGUGUGUAUGUAUCUCUUGUAUUGCACAGGCUGUGUGUGUGUGUAUAUCUCUUGUAUUGCACAGGCUGUGUGUGUGUGUAUAUCUCUUGUAUUGCACAGGCUGUGUGUGUGUCUCUUGUAUUGCAAAGCCUGUGUGUGUGUGUGUGUGUGUGUCUCUUGUAUUGCACAGCCUGUGUGUGUGUCUCUUGUAUUGCACAGCCUGUGUGUGUGUGUCUCUUGUAUUGCACAGCCUGUGUGUGUGUGUCUCUUGUAUUGCACGGCCUGUGUGUGUGUGUGUGUCUCUUGUAUUGCACGGCCUGUGUGUGUGUGUGUCUCUUGUAUUGCACAGCCUGUGUGUGUGUGUGUCUCUUGUAUUGCACAGCGUGUGUGUGCGUCUCUUGUAUUGCACAGCCUGUGUGUGUGUGCGUCUCUUGUAUUGCACAGCCUGUGUGUGUGUGCGUCUCUUGUAUUGCACAGCCUGUGUGUGUGUGCGUCUCUUGUAUUGCACAGCCUGUGUGUGUGUGUGCGUCUCUUGUAUUGCACAGCCUGUGUGUGUGUGUGCGUCUCUUGUAUUGCACAGCCUGUGUGUGUCUCUUGUAUUGCACAGCCUGUCCGUGUGUGUGUGUCUCUUGUAUUGCACAGCCUGUCCGUGUGUGCGUCUCUUGUAUUGCACAGCCUGUGCGUGUGUCUCUCUUGUAUUGCACUGCCUGUGCGUGUGUCUCUCUUGUACUGCACAGGCUGUGUGCAUCUUGCUGAGUGUGUGUAUGUGAGCUAUAAGAACUUGGUUUUUGUCUGCAGGCUCUGUGUCCCCUUAGUAUUUAUGAUCUGUCAUUUAGCUGUGAACCCGUGCAUGCUUUGUAGUGUGCAUCUUGAUUGUGCAUGUAAUUAUGAGCAUAUGUCAUGUAUUGUGCAAGCUGUGUGUGUUUUUAUGUAACUAUUUACCCUAAAAAGUCAAUCCCAGCUAUGUGAUACUGUAUUGGCAGAUCCCAGCUAUGUGAUUUAAUGCUGUACUGGCCAAUCCUAGCUAUGUCAUAUAAUGCUGUAUAAGGCGAUCCCAGCUAUGUGAUAUAAUGCUGUAUUGGCAGAUCCCAGCUAUGUGAUAUAAUGCUGUAUUGGCAGAUCCCAGCUAUGUGAUAUAAUGCUGUAUUGGCAGAUCCCAGCUAUGUGAAAUAAUGCUCUAUAAGCCGAUCCCAGCUGUGUGAUAUAAUGCUGUAUUGGCAGAUCCCAGCUAUGUGAUAUAAUACUGUAUUGGCAGAUCCCAGCUAUGUGAUAUAAUGCUGUAUUGGCAGAUCCCAGCUAUGUGAUAUAAUGCUGUAUUGGCCGAUCCUAGCUAUGUCAUAUAAUGCUGUAUAAGGCGAUCCCAGCUAUGUGAUAUAAUGCUGUAUAAGCCGAUCCCAGCUAUGUGAUAUAAUGCUGUAUUAGCUGAUCCCAGCUAUGUGAUAUAAUGCUGUAUAAGCCGAUCCCAGCUAUGUGAUAUAAUGCUGUAUUAGCCGAUCCCAGCUAUGUGAUAUAAUGCUGUAUUAGCCGAUCCCAGCUCUGUGAUAUAAUGCUGUAUUAGCCGAUCCCAGCUCUGUGAUAUAAUGCUGUAUUAGCCAAUCCCAGCUAUGUGAUAUAAUGCUGUAUAAGCCGAUCCCAGCUAUGUGAUAUAAUGCUGUAUAAGCCGAUCCCAGCUAUGUGAUAUAAUGCUAUAUAAGCUGAUCCCAGCUAUGUGGAAUAAUGCUCUAAAAUAAAGGAAUAAUCUUUGGUUGAAUCAGUAUAUCAAAAUUUAUUGUAACCUGUCAUCACGCUCUCUGCAAUGGCACAGCGUCCCUAUAUUUCCACCAUCGAUGUGGUGUUUAAACCAGGAAUAGCCUUCGUCUGGCGUACGUGUCAUAAUGCUCUGCACUAAGGGAGACACCUUCCAAUUCCAUCUGACAUUAUAACCACCAUUCUCAGCCAUUUUCCUUGUCACACAUGUGACCUCAUGUCCCUGUGAUAGCAUACCUAGCGCCCCCUCUGGAUGGAAGAGAGCAUUGCAGACGAACCCUACCAGCUUAGCCCAUUCUUUCUAUGUAGAUUUGUUUAUUAUUUAUAUAGCGCCAUCAGAUUCCGUAGCGCAGACAUUUCCCCAGUUGUGUAUCAGUCUCUGUUAUGUUCAUUACAGCUCUAUUGGAUGAUCUAGCUGAUUCUGCCGCUUUGUUCUAUUUACUGAAAGCUGAUUUAUUAUUUUGUGUUUUGGUAAGGUUGGCAUAGAAAAUGUAAAAAAUUCAAAAAGCCUAUACUGUAUUUCUGCAGUGUGUGAUCUGGGCACAAUGCUUUCAAUUCACAGCAACAUGUUUAGUCUUUAAGGGAAUCCUAUAAGUGAGUUUCCAUCACUUUUAAUGGUCAUACAAGAAUGGGAUCUCCAUAUGCACAGUCGUCCUCAAUAGCCAGGUUGUAGUUGGCUCCUUGUCCUCCUUUGUAUGUGCUGGUCACUAUACGCAGCCACCCAGCCUCGCCCUGCGGAGAGAAGAAAUCAAUAAGGAUCGUAUAAUGAGCAAUUCUAGCCGAAUGAUCUGUUAGAUGGCACUGGGUUUGUGCCAAGGGAGAUCU